GCAGCAGCAGCGGCUAUCGUGCCUCAUUUUCCAUGGCGGCGGCGUCAAUCAAACGUUUGCCGCGUUUGCAGUCGGUUGUCGCAACGGUUUUUACCUCCUCCGGAUCGCAUGUGCAAAUAGUGGGCGGUCCGUUCGUUUCGGCCACUACGUCAUAAUCGUAAUCGACAUCGUCAUCGUGCUGUUUCGUUACCGUAUUUUACCGUUAUAAGCACAGCACCCCAUGUCGUGUUUCGUUAUAUUAACCGUUACAGCGCGCAUAAAGCGAUAAAGCCAGCAAACACACACAAAAAUUGCAAACUUGUUACGCAUUUUAUAAGGUUUUUCCGCAACAACAACAACAAAAAAAGACGAAAAAACAAAAACAAAAAAAAUAAGAAAAGAGAAAACCAAACAAUAACAAAAUACGUUUCGUGUUCGCGCGCGCGUGUUUGUUGUAUGUGUGUGUGUGUGUGCUGUGUUUACGUAUGUAGGUGUGUGUGUAUGUGUGUGUGAGUGCAAAUUCCAAAAGAAAAAGGAAAAAGUAAAAGCAUAGAAACACACUAAAACGAAGAAAACAAAAAAAAAAGAAAGAAAGAAGGAAAAAAAAACACACCGUUUUUACACAGUGCAUUUGAAAGUGGAAAUUCAACAGGUGUAAAUAAUUGAGGGCAAAAACUUGGCCUUUAUGACUGUUGCCUGUUUUCUGCUGGCAAACCCCUUGAAGCGUGUACGUGUGUGUGUGUCUUAAUUUGAUCAAAAAAAAAAAUCCAGCAAGAGGACACACAACGGCAAUAUGUCCUUGCCUUGCAGCAGCAAUCACAACAAUUUGCAACAGUUGUUGUCGCAACACAAUAUAAAUUUGCAUUUGUUUAUUAACUUGAACGACAACAAUCUAGAUUAAAGCCAAUCAAAAGAGACUCUACAAAAGUUAUAGGACUCAAAAUCGACUCACAGGUAAACUAUGGCAGCCACAGCAACUGUCAGCAGUCACGUGGAGGCGAACGAUGGCAAAGUGGAUUUGGUUUGUGACGAGUGCGAUUAUUAUGGCUCGACAGCCACAAUACUCAUUGAUAGCAGCACUCAAACGGAUGGCGAUGAUGGAUCGGAGGAUGAGGAUGAUGAAUCGGAGGUCAAACCAGUGAAGACAAAAUUAGCUCAAAUUGUGGAGGAAGCUGAGGCGGAGGCGGAGACGGAGUCGGAAGCGGAGGCAACAGCCACGCCAGCAACCAAUGGUAUACGAAAUAAUAGUGCUAUUGAGAACCAUACAAAUAUCGAUAUUAUGCACAGCGAUAACAGUAUCGAUAACAAUAUAGAAUGUAUACGAAACGAUAACAAUAUUGAUAGUAACAUCGAUGGCAUAGAUACCGAUAACAACAUCGAUAUUUUAAGACAACAACAGGACAUCGUUGGUGAUGGACAAGAUUUGGUGGAUCGAAAUAUUGAUUCUGUGGAGGGACACAUUCCGAAUGCCACUGAUCAGCACGAAGACGAUGUAGAAUCUGAAGAAGAAGUGGAAGUGGAACCAGAACAGGUAGAGGAUGACGUACGGGAAGAAGAGCCAGAGGAGGAGCAGCAGGCAGUGGAACAAGAGCAGGAACAGGAGCAGACGGAGCAAGAUCAGAUCGAUAAUGUGGCCCGUUUUACAGGACUUGCUCUAGAGAUGGGCUAUGCGCGCAUUAUAGACUACGAUAACUUUCGCAUCAUCGAACAUGUCAUCGAAAGCGAUGAUGAUGAUGGGGAUGCUGAUGGGGGUGCUGCCCAAGGACCGGCAGCAAGUACAUCGCAAGAACUGCAGCAGGCCUGUCACGAUUUGGUGACUUUCAUCGGUGAAAGUUAUCAGGUAAUCGAUAGGUCGGGCAACCUCACCCAUUACCAAACGCCAGCAAGCAUUGCGAUAGUCGAUAACAACAACAAUAAUCGAAGUAACGAUAAUCGGGUGCCGGCCACAUGUCGUAAAGAACCGAAUGGAAUGGAUAUACCGGAGCAACUAAAUCAAAAUCCCUCCACAAGCAACACAGCCGCUGUGGCAGCAGUGGGAGCAGCAGCAUUGUCGGGUGUACCUGCAACAUCCACAAGCAGUGCACUGAUUAAGGCAUAUAAAUCGAAUCUGACACCAUUGGCGCCACCCUUUCAGCCAGCCGCCCUGAAGGCCAAACAACAGUUGCAACAGUCAGUGGCAGUGGGCUUAAGCAGCGGUAGCAGCACCAGCACCACCACUACCACCAGCAACAUGUCACUUACAACGACAACCACAUCGCAAAGCAGCACCGGUACCGGCACCGGCACCAGCAGCAGCACACUCUAUGCUGCUUAUGAACAGACAACGGUCUACUAUCAGCAGCAAAUGCUGCAGCCACCGCAGCAGCAGCAGCACAUUCAGCUCCCACUCUUGCAACAGCAACAGUUGUCCCCCAAGCAGCAGCAACAGCAACAACAACAACACUGUGCUCAACAUGGCGGCAUGCCACACAUUCAUUUGCCAGCGGGUACGGGAAAUGGCGCCCAAUUGCUGCCCGUGCAAUUGAUUACCUUGACGCCAACAGCAGGAGGCGCUGCUGCCGUGGCAGCUGCAACAGCAGCAACAGUAGGAGCUGCCGCCCCCACAGCUGUGACAGUGGCUGGGGCAGCAGUGGCAGCACCGACAGCGGCAACAUCUUUGACUGGCGCCGCUUGGCCACUUGUGGAGGCGCCAAUUUACAUAGACAUCAAUGGGGAAUAUCGUAGCUAUUGCCCGGCACAUGGACCACCAGCAGGGACAGGGCCAAAUGGCGCCAUAUCCCAUCACCAUCAUCAUGCCCAUGCCCAUGCCCAUCCACACGCACAUCAUCCCCAUCCACAUGCCCAUGCCCAUCAUCCCCAUCCCCAUCUGGCACAGCAGCAGCAGCAACAGCAACAUCUUCAUCAUCAGCAACAACAGCAGCAGCAGCAGCAACAACAGCAGCAGCAGCAGCUUCAUCAUCAUCAGCAGCAGCAACAUGGGCAACAUCAGCAACAUUCGGCGGCAGUGGCUGCUGUGACAAAUGCAGCAGCAGCAGCCGCCGCAGCAGCCUCAGCUCCUCGUUUGUUGGUGCAACUGGACGUUGCAAGUGUCCAGCAACAGCAGCAGCAACAACAACAACAACAACAGCAGCAGCAACAGCAGCAACAAAUCGUUGCCGCUGGCAAACGCAGCAAAGUUUAUCGAGGUCCCGCAACCGUUCAAAUGGUUUCCCAGAGUCGACCGCCGCCACCGAUGACGGUGCCCGUCCAGGUGCCGCAGUACGUCAACGAGAAUGGAACUGUGACCCACGUGAUGCUGUCGCCGCAGCAGUACCAACAGCUUCAUCCCGGACAGGGACACCUACAUCCACCUUCAUUUAUUAGCGCCAAUGGUACAUCGCAUUUCUAUACGCCGGCCAUGGCCGGCUAUCCACCAGGUCCUGCUGGCAAUGGACCACCGCACUAUCAUCUACCGCCGCCGCCGCCGCCACAGGGUGCACCACAGCAGCCACCGCCCAGUGUGGGAGGCGGAGUUGGACCACAGCCACCUGUGAAUGCGGCACAGCAGCAGCAGCAGCCACCGCCAGCAGUCCAUACACAUUCCCCGCACUCGCCGUCGCCGCCCAACUAUCGGGACGAGCGCAGCCAGAGGCAGCAUACGAAGCUGCUGCGGAAGCUGGAAAGGCAAAGGGAGUCCAAUCCCGCCUUGUCCACGCCCACACAUUCGCCUUCGCUGCGAGGUGUCAACGAUCUGAAUGGCCAUCACACCAACAACAACAACAACAACAUUCCGGUGGGUGUACUGCCCCUGCCACCGCACCUCAACAAUCACCAUCACAUGAACAACAACAACAACAACAACAGCAGCCACUUGCACAACAACAACAACAAUCAUGGACCUCAUGAUGUGCGUCGCCUCGCCCAGCAGCAGCUGCAACAGCAACAGCAGCAACAGCAACAACAACAACAGCAGCAGCCGCAGAGGAACGGAAAUCCCGGAAAUGCCACGAAGGGAACAGCCACGCCACUGCCCCAGCGAACGGGCAGCAGUGUGGGUGGCGCAAGUUCGGUGGGCACGUCCGAGGAUGGCGAAGACAACUCCAGUUUGGCCGGAGAGGAUGAGGAGGACUACCAGUCGACGAUUGUGGAGCAAAUUUCGGCAAUUGAGAAGCCCGAGGUGAUUGAUGUGACCUCGCGGGCAGCGAAAAUCAUCUGGGAAUCGCCGGUCAUCACGGAUGCCCUGCUCAUCAAUAUGCGCGAUCUGCGCUAUCAGGUGCUGCUCAGCGACUCGGGCAAACAGUGCAAAUACAAGAGUCUCUAUCGGGGCGAGGCAUACGAGUGCAUUGUGCAGGAUCUGCAGCCGGGACAGGACUAUCUGGUGCGACUGCAGGUGCACUACCAGAAGCUGCAGGGCACGGUCAGCGAGCCGACAGAGUUCCGCACCCCGGCCUGUGAGCCGGACCAGCCUUUGCCACCCAAACUGGUGUCGCGCACCAAGAGCUCCAUCAAUCUGCGCUGGGCAGCACCGCCUGCGAACGGAGCGACCAUUCAGCACUAUCUGCUGGAGUACGACGAGGGCAAGGGCCAACCCAUCAAGUUCGUGGAGCUGGCCAAGAUCAAGGCCAAGCACUAUGUGAUCAGCAAGCUGCAGCCCACGACUGUCUACAGCUUCCGGCUGGCCGCCGUCAACGAGGUGGGCCAGUCCCUGUACUCGCCCAUCAGCAGCUACAGCACCGCCGGCAAUCCGCCGGCCGCGCCCAAGCCCCCCCAGCUGCACUCGAGCAGCCCCAGUACGCUGAAGCUGUUCUGGGAGAGGCGCACCCAGGACGGGGACUUUCUGCUGCAGCUGCAGGAUGCUGAUUCCGGACACGGCUACCUGAACACCUACAAGGGUACCGAUCUCCACUACGAGUGCCUGCAGCUGCGUCGGGCGUGCAGCUACCAGUUCCGUCUGAGGUCCGAGAACGAGGCCGGCGUCUCGCCCUGGUCGCCAGAGGUUAGCUACCGAACGGCCGCCGAGCGUCCGGGCAGGCCGGGCAAGCCGAGUGCCAAGGGCAAGAUCCAUGGCACCCACUUUAAGGCGCGCUGGGACACGCCCGCGGACACUGGUGGAGCGAGCAUCCUUCGCUACCAUCUGGAACUGAGUUCGGGCCCUGUGUUCGAGCGCAUCUACAGCGGCUCCGAGUCCGAGGCCAUGUGCGAGCGCCUCCAGCCGGGCACCACCUAUCAGCUGCGUGCCUGUUGCGAGGGUCCCGCCGGUCAGAGUCCCUACUCGGACAUCGGACAUGUCACCACAGAGGCUGUGGCCCCAGCGGCCCCUCCUCCACCGUACUCCAGUGACCCGCCCUCGCCGUAUGCAGCGCUGCUGAAGCUCCAUCAGCCAGACUACAAUGGCGGCGCCCCCAUACUGGAGUUUGAGGUGCAAAUGCGCCGCUUGGAGCAAGUGCAGCCACCCCACAUCGUGUACAGAGGCAAGCAGGCGUACUUUGUGGCCCAGGAUCUGGUGCCUGGCGGCGCCUACGAGGUGCAGGUGCGGGCCAUCAAUCGCAUCGGAGCCGGCAACUGGUCCCAGUGGAUGAAAUUCACCGCAGCAGCAGCCGCGCCUGGUGUGCCCGAGGAGCUGCGCGUGCUGGUCAAGUCGGCCACCCAUUUGAGUGUCAGCUGGCAGGCGCCGCUCCAGGACAACGGCGCCCCAGUCACCAACUACAUCCUGAAAAGUGCCAGCCAAGAGAAGCGCAGCGAGGAGCUGGAGCAGGAGCCCCUGCGAGAGCCGCCCAGCACGGACUUCCACAACUGCUACCAGGGAGCGGUGAUGUGUGCCGAACUGAGGAACCUGGCGCCCUUCACACGCUACUUCUUCCGCAUUCUGGCCAGCAAUGCCGCCGGCUCUGGCGCCGCCUCGGAUGUGGUGUGCGUGAGCACGCCGGCCGCCGUGCCCGGCGCACCCCAAAUGCAGGGCUACGAGUUCACCGCCCAAGAGGUGACCCUCAACUGGACCCAGCCGGCGGCGCAUGGCUCGCCCAUCUGCUCGUACAACAUCGAGUAUGGCGAGCGGACCAUUGCCACGCCGGAUGCGUGCACUCGGUACACGGUGACGGGUCUGAUGCCCGAGACCAGCUACAAGUUCCGCGUGCAGGCCGUCAACGCCAUCGGAGCCGGAGCGUUCAGUGCCUAUGCGAAGUUGACCACGCAGCCGGCGCCACCAGCUCCGCCGCGCCUCGAGUGCAGCGGCGCGGGCCACAACUACAUCAAGCUGAAGUGGGGCGAGGGUGGACCCGCCGGCAAGACCAAUGGAGGAGCUGCGGCCGGCGGUGGCGCUGACUUCACCAAGUACUUUGUGGAGAUGUAUGUGACGCGAGCGAAGCAGUUCCAGGCCGUCUACUCCGGCACCAAUUGCAUGUGCAAGGUGCACAAGCUGCAGGAGCGCAGCAGCUACACCUUCCGCAUCUACGCGCACACGGACAGGGCUGGCGACGGGGACUACUCCGAGGAUUACGUGUUCGAGACGAGUGCCACGCUGCCGGCCAACAUCAAGCCGCCGCGCGUCGUGCACGAGAAUAGUGUGUGCCUGAUGGACGUGCCCGGACAGUUGGGCAUGCAGCUGACCCUCGAGUGGCAGCACUCGAAGAACUCCUUCCACGACCGCGUCGAGUACGAGCUGCAGUACGCGGUCCUGGGCGCCGCCGAACUGGAAACGGAGUCGCCCAAGGGGCGCAGCAGCAGUUCCAGUGGCAGUGCGAGCGGCGCUCCCCUCAAUCUGGCCAACCAGGACUACCGUCAGCUGUACCGUGGGCCCGAGACCAAGUUCACCAUUGACAAUCUGGCAGCGGGCACUUGCUACCAGUUCCGUGUGUGUCCCGUGCGGAUAGCGUCCGGCGGAGAGCUGCUCUAUGGCCAGCCGUCAAGUCCGUUGCGGUAUCAGGUGCCCAGCGAGCUGGACCCCAGUUCGGCCACCUGCCACCACCACCUGCACGGCUCCACGUCCCCCAAUACGGCCACACACUCGCAGCGCAGCAGCAGGAAGCUAUCGGCGGGCAAUGGCUCCACCAAUGGCCUGCACCUGAGGUCCGUGAGUGCCUCGGCCAUCAGUGGCAGCAGCGGCGUGGGCGCCGAUCCCCUGGCCAUUGGCCGGCUGCAGCAGGAGCUGUCGAACUUCAAUGCAUGCGGCGAUCCACUGCACCAUCAUCAUCAUCACCACCACCAUCACCAUCAGCCGUGUGGCGGGGAUGGCAACGCAUCGUCCGGCUCCUCCACGGCGGGCUCCAGCUGCGCCGGCUCCAAUCUCCUUCUGCGCGGCAACCACAUGCAUCACCAGCACCAUAUGCAUCACUCCCAUCACAUGCACCAUGCCCAUCAUCCGCACGGCGGCGGCGGCGGUGGCGGUGGCGUUGUCGGUGCCAUCACCGGAAGCUCCUCUACGGCCAUCUCCGCCAGACUGGCCAGCCAGGGCGGCACACUGCGUCGCUUUGCGGCCAAGAUGACGUCGCUGUACAGCAACCGGAAGCGGCUGAGUGACCAGCAGAAGGCCGUCUGCAUUGUGGUUUCAUUCCUGUUCGUCACCAUUUUAGCGGCGAUGCUGGUCAACAUGCUGCGCGGCUAAAGUGGCUCUGCAACUGUAAGCAUGCAAAUCGAAGGAAAAAGUAAGAAAAAUGAGGGCAAAAAAACGAAGAAAACAAAAACAAAUGCACUUUAUGUCUCAAAGAAGUGAUUCAAAACAAUUAGUUGUAAUUAUGUAUUUUUUAUAUAAACAAAAACAAAACAAAAACAAAAAAUCAAAAGAAAUCAAAUUGUAAAUUGUCUAAUUUUAAACAAACAAAAAAAAAAAAACAAAAACCAGCAAAAUAAGAACAGGAAAACCUAAAAGAAAAACCACACACAAUAAAAACUGUACACAAAAAAAGAAAACGAAGUGGGAAAAAAGGAGUAAAACUAAUACAUUCACACCACGUCUAAAUGUUUGUAAAAUGUUACAAUAAUGGUAUUUACUUACGAGUAUAUGUAAUAUUUGUUGUUGCUAAAAUCAUUGUCACAAAAACGAAACAAAAGAAUAAUCUCCAUAUGUGCUAUAUAUAAAGAAUUUUGUAAACAGCCCUUGUCAAAAAACAACCUGUGCCGAAAUGCUUCUCAAACUGUUACUUUUAUGCGCAUAGCAGGCAGCUUUGGCAAGAGACACACAUUUGCAUUUGCUCUGCAUGUAAAAUACGUGUAAAACAAGCAUUUGGAGGCGUGCCCCCAGCCAGCCCCCAAAAUACUUAUACAUUCUUAAACGACAUCCGAAUUUUGAUGAUUAAUUUUUAAUGAUUUUUAUAAACAUAGGAAUGUAAAUAAUAAAUAGUUCAAGCUAAAACCACAAAAAAAUGAACUCUAUGAGAAGGAGGAAAAAAGAUAGAAAAGAGCAAAUGCAAAACGAUUUAAAAAAACGAAAUAUAUGAAUUUAUUAGACUACCAGCAAACAAGUAUUUCCGUGCUGUACAAUUGUUUCCCCAAUCGCUCCAAUUUACAUACAUACACACACAUGUAUACACACUUGCAUAGAUAUAUAAAUGUAUAUGUAAACAGCAGACGCUUUUUUUCAUUCUCACAAAAAAAAAUUUUUAUACGAAUUAUUACACAAUUUAUUAUGAUAAACAUUAAAUACAUAUUGAAAGGACAACCACAAGAUGAGAAAUGAGAAAAAUAAAAAAUAAUAAUAAAAAAAGGGAGAACCAAGGCAAAAUCCCCAGUUGGGUCUGCUAUCUUGUGGCUAAUUGUUGCAUUUUUCACAACCGACUAAAACAAAUUGAAUCCAAAAUAUUUUUGUAGGCUUGUCCACUGCUAUAGCAGUCCCAACUGGGGAAAAUGAGAAAAAAAAAACAAAUUAAAA